AUGUUUAUCUAGAUACUAUUUUUAGUACUUACAUUAUAAAAAUCAUAAACCUAAAAGGUUAAUGAAUAGAACACACAAAUUACAUUCUUAGAAAAUUAAAAUUUCAAAAAAUAGGAUCCAUAUGAAAUCAAUUAUGAGGAGGAAGAACCAUCAGAUAGUAAUGUCUUUUUUUACUUUCACUAAUAUGCCAACUUUAUUACUUGGGCAAUUCUGGUCGAUUUAGGCAUAAUAGCUAAUAGAUAUGGAAUACUAAUAUAAUAUAAAAUUGAAGUGCACGCAAUAAUUAUGACAUUAGUGAUUAUACCCUCGGUCAUAGCUGAAUUUUUUAUGAUCUUUGCAGAUGGGGAGCCUGAACUUUAUGGUUAAGAAAGUUUAGAAGAUAUACAUGGCCUGCUUGGUUUCUUUUUCUUGGGAGUAAUAAUAGUAUAGGUAAUUGGAGGCAUAGUAUUAAAGUUUUGUAUAUUAUCAAUAAAGAUGUAGAAUCAUCUAAAAAUAAAAUCCAUUUUGCAUAUUUAUUUAGGAUACGCUAUAUAUAUCCUUGGCAAAAUUUAGUUAGGUUUUGGAUAUUACUUGUCCUAUACGAAUGCACCCAAUGAAGGGUAAGGCAGUUUAACUUCAUUUUGGUGCGUGUACUCUUUGAUGUUUUUUUGGAGAAUAAUAUUUGAAUUUUUGUAUUAAAAUGGAAAAAUUUACUAAUUGUUCAAAUAAUAGAAGGAGAGGCCAAGAUAGCAUUCGGGUACUCUUUAGGACUCAUUAUUAAUCUAAUAUAUUGAGUAAAAUGGUAUGUUCUUCUUUAUUAUUAUUUAGAGCAAUCCUAACUUAUCAAUGAAUUUUAAAAUAAAUUUUGGGUGAUUUUCAAUAAUGAAAUUAUUGAUUUAACUGAGUUUGUACAUCCAGGAGGUCAAUAUAUAUGGAAUAAAGUGAAAGGUAGAGAAAUUUCUCGAUUUCUUUAUGGUAGUUGCGGAUUAGAGGAUGAAUCUGCCAAAUAAUAUUAGCAUACUAAAAAUGCAAUAGUUUUAUUGAAAAACAAUGUUAUUGGAACAUUAAAUUCAAUUGCAUUUACAAUUCCUAUUGGUGAAAGUGCAGAAAAUACUUGCACAUAAUGGAAAUUAAAUACAAUUACAAUUUUAAAUGAUAAAACAAGCUAUUUUGGAUUCUUGAAUCCGCAAUUUAGAAUAAUAUCACAAUUCACUUCAAUUCAUUCAUUUGGGAAGUAUUUUUAACUAAAAUCGCUUGAAUCUAAAAACAUUCCAAUUAGAUAGUACACAUGUGUUUCAUCUAUGGCUCCAGAAAAUGUUGAAUAUAGAAGGGAACUUGUAAAAUAUGUUGAGUCUAUUGUUAAUAAUAAUUAAUAAGCAAAAGCACCACUAUAACCUAAAUACUUGAAUGAGCUUCCAAUGAUAAUUAAAUAUUAUGAUUCUUAGAAUGGAUUCUCAAAAUAUAUUCAUAAUCAUAAGGGUGAGUUUUAUGACAUCCAGGGACCAUAUGGACCACCCCAUGGUAUUCCAAAUAGAGGAAAAAUUGUGAUUAUUAGUGGAGGCACUGGAAUAUUUCCAUUUUUGGAUCUUUUGGACUUUCUUUUGAAAAGCAUUACUUACUCAAUCACUUUGAAUAAAUAUGGAAAAUAAAUUGCUGAUAAUUUGAAUCCUUAUGAUUGUUAAUUUAACACUAAUGUCCAUGUUACUCUAUUUUUUGCAGUGGCUAAUAGAUCAGAAUUAAUUGGAUCAGAUAUACUUUUUCCAAUAAUAUAAAUAUAAAAGCAUUUAGAAAAAGAAGUUUUAAGAUUAAUAAUCAAAAUCAGAGAAAAAAUUGAUGGAAUUGAAACAAUAAAUGAUAGAUAUAGCAAAGAAAUGUUUGGUAGAGUAUUAGGCAAUAAUUUGGAUUAUUAAAGAUAUUUAAUUUGUGGACCACCUCAAAUGUAAGCUUCUGUUCCGCCAAUCCUUCGAGAAAUGGGUGUUUAAGACCACCUUAUUCAUUUCAUUUGA